UCUGUGGUCACAGAAUGUCAUUAUUUGUUUUGAUCGGAAAAAAUGACGAAAAUCUAGAAAAUAAUGAUAAUUCUCAGUAGAAAAUCACUGAUAACUGUUUAUUUUACCAUUAUUAGACCGAUUUUUGUUGUAUCCCAAGCUAAUAUGUCUUCAGGCAGUGUAGAUGCAGAUAAAUAUUCCGUGGCAUACGUAACAGUUCCAAACACUGAAGUGGGGAAGACGAUCGGUCAUGGAUUGGUAAAGAAUAAACUAGCUGCAUGUGUGAACAUCAUACCACAGGUCAUUUCCAUAUAUGAAUGGAAAAAUGAAAUCAAUGAAGAUAAUGAGGCACUCCUCAUGAUCAAAACAAGGACCAGUCAAGUUGAUAAGCUGACCGAAUAUGUGCGAAGCAACCAUCCUUAUGAAGUAUGUGAAGUUAUUUCACUUCCUAUUAAAAAUGGAAAUCCUCCUUAUUUAAAGUGGAUUGGAGAAAAUGUUCCUGAGAAUUAAUUGUAACACUACCAUGCCAUUUAUAAAUUAAGUUUAAAUAUUGUGUAUAUUAUUGAUUAUGCAUAAUUUAUUGUUUAGUUCACAUCAUCAUGAC